AAAAUAUUAUAAUCGCUUUACAAAUUUUUCGCCAAAAUAAUGCCCAAAACUAAUGAAAACAUGGAUACUUCCCCUAUUGAACCCUCCGCGGAGCUGAUCUUCAUUGAAAACCCCUUCGAAUGCGCCGACAUCAAGACGGAACCACCGGACGAUUUGGUUCCGGAGCCGGAUAUCGCUUUCCCGCACCUACCGUGCCGAAGCACGGCCGAAGUGGCUGUCCAAACGGCGAAACGUAAGAACAUGAGCCGUGGCGUUCAAGUGGAUCUGCAGCUGAUUCCGAAGGAGGCGCUAGGCAAUUUUGUAGACGAGCCGCUUGGUCCGAUUUUGGCGAAGGAAUCGUUCGAGAAACAGUGCCGGAUAUGUUUGCGACAGUUUCCCGGGUCAGGCUUAGCGUAUAUUUUGUUCCCUCAGAAGACGAAGAUUUUGACUGCGCUGGGAGUCAAGGUUUACCUGGGAGAUGCUUAUCCGUUCAUUUGCCGGACCUGUUCGAAGCUGGUGGAUAUGAUGUACGAUUUCAGGAACACUUGUUUGCGGGCGAGAAAUAUGUUGGCACACGAGCGGAAGGCCAUCCCGGCGAAGGAUUGGGACAGUGAAGAGAACCUGAAGGCCAUCGAUUACUGUAUGAAUUUGCUUGAAUCACACCGGCGGGACAUUGAUGCUGCGUACGAGGAAUCAUCUACUUUUAGCAAGUUGGAAAAGUCCAGUACUGCGCAGGAAGACGUUAAAGUGAAACCGGAGGUUAUCGAAAUGGUGAUGGUGGAUCACGUGGAAGCAGGGGAACCAGCUGCAGUGGAAGCAGAUCCAGUGCCACAGGAGGACGAUUCUAGUAGUAAUCAUUCUCGGACGAAGGCGCUGAAAGUUGAACUGAAUAGAGUGGAUGGGAGGGAUAUUUCGUUGAAAAAUGAAGCUGUUUCGGAUGACGAUUACCAACCUGCGUCAGAGGAUGAUGAGGAUGUGGAUGAGGAGGAGGAGGUGGAGGAUGAAGACGAUUACGUACCUAGUCCGUCGCCACCGCCUGCAAAGAAGAAGCGAGUAAGGAUAGUUACGAAGCCGUACAAAAAGCGUCAGAAAAAGGAGAAAAAUCCGAGAAAGGACGAUGAUCUGGCCUUGCAGGAUAGUGAAAGCAGGCAGAGGAACAAUAAGAGAAAAAACGCAACGGAUCCGAACCGAAAACGACGUGGGGCGCUUUGUGAUUUCUGCGGCGAAUGGGUCGAGUACCAUACGGUCGAGAGCCACCAGAACCAGCAUUUAGGACUCAAACCGUACGUCUGUCAGGUGGAGGGAUGCACAUUGGCUUUCUACUGUCGAAAUCUGCUCAUGAAGCACAUCCGACGUCAGCACAGCGCCGAUGGACCCGAGUAUCAGGAUUGUGAUAUAUGCGGCCAACGAAUAAAGGGUCCGAAGGCAGCGCUUACCAAGCACCAGAAAACGCACACCGAAGAGAAAAACUACAUCUGUGCCGUUUGUGGAAAAGGAUUCACCACCCCCGGUUACCUACGGCAGCACUCGAUCAUCCACACGGAUCUGAUGCCGUACGAGUGCAACGUUUGCCAUCGAAAGUUCAACAACAAGUACAACAUGCUGACGCAUGAGAAGAAGCAUUACAUGCGGGGCGAAUCGACGGGCUCAAGCAGCGCUAGUGCUUCGAUCGAUCCGUCCGCCAGCAGUGCUGUAGCAAGUCAGCAGCAGUCGGACCCAGCAUCUCUACCGCACUUUCCGGGAUAUCCCAUACCGCCGCAUCCCAUACAUCAUCCUCUCCCGUCGCUUCAUCAAGCUGGGCUUCAUUCGCAGUGAGUAUUUUCUCUGGUGGGAAUUUAAGUCAACAAAUGAACUAUACCUAGAAUCGGUAUCAG